UUUACAUUGACGACGUAUAAGUAGGUCGCGCAGUGCAAUGAGGAUUUUCUACAGACUGUGCAAGAUGUCGAGCAUUAUGCCUCCGCCGCAAUCGCUCUUAAAGCCCAUGAACUUCCCCAGGAAGUCGCUGUACGGGCCUGGGCCGUCGAAUUGUCCCCCAAGAGUGCUAGCAGCGUGUGCUUUGCCUCUUUUGGGCCACUGUCAUCCCGAAUUUUUUCAGAUAAUGGAUGAAAUAAAAGAAGGGGUGCAGUAUGCAUUUCAAACACAAAAUGAGCUAACUUUGGCCAUUUCAGGGACAGGUCAUGCUGGAAUGGAGGCGGCAGUCUGCAACAUGGUUGAACCCAAAGAUGUGGUGGUGGUGUUUUCGGCUGGUCUUUGGGGAGAGAGAUUCGCCGACAUGGCAGAGAGACACGACGCUGAUGUCCGGGUCGUAGAAAAACCAAUGGGGGCGGUGUUCACAUUAGAUGAUGUUAAACAGGCCUUGGACCAUCACAAGCCGUCGGUGGCAUUCAUAGCUCACAGUGAGUCAUCCUCUACUGUGAUGCAGCCCUUGGAAGGGAUAGGAGACCUGUGCAAGAGUCACAAUUGUAUCCUGAUAGUGGACUGUGUGGCCUCACUGGGCGGUGCUCCAAUGUUCAUGGAUCAGUGGAAUAUUGAUGUCUUAUAUAGUGGGUCACAAAAGGUUCUCAGUUGCCCGCCAGGGGCAGCACCUAUCUCACUCAACCAGAGAGCCAGGAAUAAAUUGGCAGCAAGGAAGACAAAAGUCAGGUCAUUUUAUCUCGACAUGAACUGGUUGGGGAAUUAUUGGGGAUGUGAUGGUCAACCUAGAAAAUAUCACCACACAGGACCCAUAUCUUCAAUGUAUGCCUUGAGAGAAGGAUUGUCCAUGCUAGUCGAGGAGGGUUUAGAGGAGUGUCAGGCAAGGCAUCAGAAGUGUGCAAACAUCUUGUAUGAAGGCCUGGAAAAAAUGGGACUGAAACCUUUUGUGAAAAACAAGGCCCACAGGCUCCCCACUCUAACUGCUGUGGAAGUGCCAGAUGGAAUUGACUGGAAGAAAGUCUCGCAAUACGCUAUGGACAAGUAUAAGAUAGAGUUGGCUGGUGGUCUAGGGGCCUCGGCAGGAAAAGUGUGGCGACUUGGCUUUAUGGGAUACAAUGCGCAGCCAGAGAAUGUGCGAACGACCCUCCGUGUCCUGCAGGAGGGGAUCGAAUGGUACAGGAAUAGUCCCCAGUCUAAGUUGUAGACGGACGGGCCCUCUCAUUGGACAUAUUAGUAUCCAAUCGGUGGGCUUGGAGCAAAGCUGGUGGAGAUGCCAAGUAAACAACAGUUGUGGAUAAUGUUAACAACAACAAUGGAAGAUCUUAGCAACAAUAAUGGAUUAAGUAAGCAACAAUAGAAGACGUAAACAACAACAAUGGAAGAUGUUAGCAACAAUAAUGGAUUAAGUAAACAGCAGCAAUAGAAGAUGUAAACAACAACAGUGGUAGAUGUACACAACAAUAAUGGAUGAAGUAAGCAACAACAAUGAAAGUUGUAAACAACAACCAUGCAAACAAGAUUAUUAAAUGAGGAAAACAACAAAGGAUUGAAUAAGCAGCAAAUGAAUAAGCAGAUAGAGUGAUGGUCACAAUGAUAAAGAUAACUAUAAAUAACUAGGAAUGAACAUAAAAUCUGAAACAACCAGAUAAGAAUUAUAAAAUACUGUUUCAAAAUUAUGGCUUUGAUUUUGUUCAUCUCUCUAAAUGUCAACAUGAUGAAAUAAAAAAAGAAUCCAGAAUAUAAAGGAUUUCGAAAGUAUUUUAAAACUUGCUAAGAAUUUAAAUGCUUUGAAGUGUUUUCAUAUUUAUUUUUCCAAUCCUUCAAUGUGUAAAAUUGGGACAAUGGUAUUGAGAAUGUUAACCCUGAUUACAAUGGAAGCAGAGUUUUUAUCUCUUACUAUGACUCACAUAAGAUGUACUUACUUUGUUCAUAUUUUACUAUUUGUUAUUAUUCUUUUCUCAUACAAGUACUAUUGUUAUAUCAUACAUGUACAGUAGAGAGAAAAGGAUGAGAUAUACUUGUGUGUAUAUAUACUAGCAUAUUUACAAUUUCUAAGUAUAUAAGAUUUUAAAUUUCCACUACAGCAUUAAAUUUAACAGUUAAAACGUAACAUAUUUGAUGAAAAUGUCAAGGAAUCCUUACACCAUUAAUGCACUAAAAUUUUUUUAAAUCAAGUGUUUAAUCCUUGUUGAUGAUAUAUUUAAAUAGAUACUAUACUACAAAUGUGCCCUUAAAUCCCUUGCCAUCUUUCAGGAGGAGAUUUUUUAAAUAUUUUAAAACUGAAGAGCAGUAGUUUAAAGAUUUGGAUUUUAAAAAACUUAAAUAUUUGUGCAUGAAAUUUAGUGGGAUUUUUACUUUGUAUUUGUCCUCGUACCUCUCAAUUUUGAUGGGGACCAAGUGUUCUAGUACUAAAACAGAAGGUCUAGAUACAAUGGGUUGCUUAUCGCAUUUUCAAUUGAUUGAUCGAUUUGAAUUUUCAUAUAUUUUUGUUACCUCUACCAAGGAGGUUAUGUUUUCACCCCUGUUUGUUUGUUUGUUUAUCCUUC